CACCAACCACACCAUCUCAUACAAAACUCUGUCACCAACCCUUUCCUUUCCUUUCUUUUUAGCACACUAUGGAUCAACUUAAAAACCAAACCAUAACAGCCUUCACUCAAAGCUUAAAGGCUCAUUACUAUCUACUUAUGUUUACUCAAUUAUUCGUUUCAGUAUCUGUGUGUUCCUUCCUCUUCUCACCUUCUUCCUUGCUUGUUUUCCUCCAUUACUUCAAAUUCUAUUUCUCUACAUUCCCUUCCCAACUCUUCACCCACAACAUAGACAAGAACAGCAUGUUUCUCCUCUGCAAUGGUCUCCUUGUUUUUGUUGGUAUCACCAAAUCUCUCUCCCGGUCUAGUUCUGAUGAUAAGCCUUCUACGUUUGUAAAAGAUGAUGGUUCACAAUCCCAGUUCUCGGUUACUGGGGCCAGCGAUUUAAUGUUGGAGAUAACAGAAACCGUGGUGCAAAGUAGUGAGCCUGAUCAGCAUAAGAACGCUGCAGCAGAGAAAGUAAAAGAAAGGGAAAACUGUGCUGAAGAAGAAGUACUAGAAAACGUGGAGAAGAUAAUUGUGGUAGAUGAAGGACUAGAAAGAGGAAGUUGCAUAGUUUUGAAAGCAGAGAAGGAGGAGCUGGAUGAAGAAACUGAACAAUUGGAUGUAAGUGAUGGAGAGCAAGAUAAAGGGUCAGAAAUUGAUUACAUUCUGAUUGAAGAGAGCGUAGAAGAGGAAGAAGAACAUGCAGAAGAAGAAAGCAGCAUGCUGAGCACAGAGGAGUUGAAUAAAAAAUUUGAAGAUUUCAUUAGAAAGAUGAAGGAAGAUCUAAGAAUUGAAGCUCAACGGCAAUUAGUCAUGGUUUAACUUAGUAACAAACAACAGUGUUCUUCUUCUUUUCAUUCUUAGGGAGGCCUAGUUAUCAUUUGUGAGGUCUUUAUCCUUUUCAGCUGUAGUUGUAUGUAAUAUAUAAUCUCCUGAAAUUUUGCACUAUUA